AUGGAAGAAGUGAAAGGCUACAGUUCUGAUAGAGGUGAAGAAGAGGAAGAAGAUGAAGGUGCAGAAGAGAUGAUGAUCACAAUUACAGGAGAAGAAAGCAACAACAGCAGGUUACAGAAGAAGAGGUGGGAAUUGAAUGAGAAGAUCGAAGAGAGAAAGAAAGAAGAAGAUUUGAUGGAGUUGAGACUUGGAGGAAGUGGAAGUGGAAGCAAGAGCAAGAGCAAGGAAGAAGGAAUAGAGAGUUCAAAUUCAAAGAAUGAGGAAGAGGUGGAAGAAGAAGUUGAGAAAGAGCACAUGUUUGACAAAGUAGUGACACCGAGUGACGUAGGGAAGCUGAAUCGACUUGUGAUACCGAAGCAACACGCAGAGAAGUACUCGUAUUGGAACAGUAGCCAGAGCUAUGUGAUGACAAAAGGAUGGAGCCGUUUUGUUAAGGAGAAGAAGCUUGAUGCAGGUGAUAUUGUUUCGUUUCACCGUGGCCGCGCUGAACUGUACAGACAUAGAUUGUACAUAGAUUAUAGGCCAAGGUCUCAUACUCACUCUCCUUACUCUCAGCAUCACCACCCCCACCUCCUCAUGCCGCAGUAUCCUCCUAACAUUUCCUCUUUGCCUUUUUAUCUUCCCAAUCAUCACUUCUCAUCAUGCGGUGGUGUGGGUGUGGGUGCGGGUGCGGGUGCUAGAUCAUUGUACAACUCACCUCAAUAUUCACCCCACCUUCCCAACUACUCCUCGGCAGCAGCGGCGGCGGCCGCUUCUUCUCAAUAUUUCAACAACAAUUUCUAUACUACACUUCAUCAACACCACCAACAGCAGUAUCAUUCUUCUGGUGCUGAUCACCUUGUUAAUAAUAAUAUGAAUCCUCUCUUUUACCUCACUUCCUCACCUAUGACACCGCCGACAUCAAUAAUGGGUGGUGGGGAUCAACACUUGUCAGGGCCGGGGGCUGGGCAAGGUCAACAACAAUAUCAGAGAAAUGCAAAUGUGAACCUCCCCAUGAAUAUGAUAAUCGAUUCUGUUCCGGUUACACAUCACCACCACCGCAGCGGGAAUACCACCAGUAAUAAUAAUAGCAGCGGAAAACGGCUGAGGCUAUUUGGGGUCAACAUGGAAUGCGAUUCUUCUUCUUCAUCAUCAUCUUCAGCACCACCAAAUUUGACAAUGGCUAAUCAAUCACAUUCACCCUCUUCAACACCACCAUCCGGAGAUCAGCACUUUGAUUUGGAACCUUUCAAUUAUCGCCGCCACUGA